AUGGCACACACACCCGCCGACACUAAUGCUAUAGCAUUCCCAACCACACGGUCUACUCGCCACAGCCUUUCCGAGAUGUCCAUGGUGUCUACUCGUGCCACCGCCCUGGAUGUCUGCUAUUCUGUCUAUGGGGAAACGGGGAUGUCAGCAGAUGCUGUUGAUCGCUUCUAUGAGGCCAACGCCAGUGACGUAAGUCAGUCAACUGACUCUAACACAUACCCUGAUCAUCCCCGCAGUUAUGAGAAUCCAUUUGUUACCGCCACCUCACGCUCGGUCAUAGGCGAUAUCCAUAGACUUUCGCGUCAGUUAAGCUCAGUUGACGUCCCCCGCCCACUUGCAGUGCUUUGCACUCUUUUUCGUAUACGGCCUUCAAAUCAUGGUUUUCUAGGCCAGUAUUCGAAUGAAGCUCUGUUCCAAGCUUUGCGCGUUUGGACAGAUGUUGGAGACAUCUGCGAGAACGAAAGUUUUGAUGGGCACCGUAAAGUGAUCGUGGAGCAUACCCUCAACGUUCUACUUCUACCAGGGAUCCAUUGUGAAGGUCCCAUCUCUCACGCCCAUUCCUCUGUCGAUUCCCUCGUAAAUCUCAACGGUUCCCCACUUUUUCAUUCCCAAUCCCUACCCUUCAUCUCACCUUCCCUUCCUAUACCCGGAACUUCGUUAUCUGUUCCCUCCCCUCUGCAUUAUAAGCUCCGCAUAAUAACCCGCCUGUCUUUCAACGAACAAGGCCUGGUCACCCAUCACCGUGACAUUUGGGACGUCAAAGACGUUAUGGGUCUUUUGCCAGGCGUUUCAUUGGCGCAAUGGGUUGGAACCAGACUCGCCGCUGCGGGACUAUCAUACGCCGCUAAACUUCUACCCAAGAGUAAAUCUCGGAGCUAUGCCGGUCUUUCCACCGAACAAACCUACUCCCCUGCUGCGGUGGACUUGGAAUAUGGAAUGGCCCAGACACCUCCCUUAUAG